AUAAACAAUUUUGUCUUCUCGACAUAUUUUACUUGAUGGUGUUCGUCAAAAAGGGUUGAUUUUUUUGGAUUUUCUAUCCACUCUUUGUUUUUUAGAGACUUUGUAUAUAGUUUGUAAUUAUACUGUAUAUGUUGCGAUGAAAGGUGGGACAUCUAGUAAUAACAGGGGACAACAUACAACAUCAAAGACAGAUAAACAAGUGCCUCAUGGGAAAUUUCAGCCAACAGCUGAACAAGUAAGAUUUAGUAAGUUGUUGAAUCAAGAUGAACCAAAAUGGUUGACAGAUUGCAUUGAGCAGGUUCAUGCGUUGACUCAGAAACCACAUGACGAAGUUGCAAUUGCUCUUCAUGAUUGUGACAACAAUAUAGAUACUGCAGUUCUCAAUCUUCUUGAAGGAAAGUAUGACCAGGGUGAAUGGAUAACCUUGAAUAAUCGAAAGAAGAAAGUACUUACUACCGAUACAAUAUCGCCUGUGAAUAUUAAAGAAAAACCACCAUCAAAGGAUGACAGAAGAGACAACAGAGAGUCUUCUGAGUUCAACAAUCGACGAAACAAAAAUCAAUCAGAUAGAAUCCAAGAUGGUAACAAUGUUCGACAAAAUGGACCUUUGAAUCCAAGACCUGUUGGUGGCAAAAGAAAUAGGAAUAGGGAUGAGCAUGAUGAACGGCAAGGCGAACGUGAUAAUGACAAAGCAUUUGAUCAAAGAAAUAGCAAUAGAAGGGGAGAAGGAGAAAAUCGUCGAAGUGAUCAGCAAGAUGAUAGAAGAAGUCGUAAUGAUUUUAGAGGUCGUAGUAAUCGCAAUGGUCGUGGUGGACGAGGUGGACGUUUGGAUCGUUUGGUAGACGGUAUGGAAAGACAAGAUCAGAAAAGGGAAAGAUGGAACAAUAAUGAUCAAGAAAAUGAGCGUGGUGAUCGUAGAUUUGGUCGUGGUGGCUUUGGUAGACGUGGAGGCACAACUAGGGGUAACCGAGGGGGAAGAGGGUCAUUCCGUGGAGAUCGAUACAACAAUAAUCAAGCAAGGUCUGAUCGAAUAAAUGGACAGACUAAGAAUUCUGACUUGAAAUCCACCCAAGAUUGGGACUCUUCUCCUCCAAAAGAAGACCUAGAUUGGGGUUUAUCUGAGCCAGUUGGAGCAACUGAAGAUUGGGGUGCUGAAGACUGGGUUAAUGAGAAACUUGAUGAUAGUUCAAACAUGCCGUCUUGGGCAGCAACAGAUAAUGAGAAAGAUACCUGGGAGAACGAAAACAUGUCAAAGGAGAACUUAUCAAAUCAUGUUAAUCAUUUACCUGAAUGUGACGAUGAAGCAAUCUUAAGCUCUAAGCUUGCUUCACAGUCUUCAUCAACCAGUCGGAAUCUUGAAGAGAUGCGGAUAUCUACCCCUGCAAAUGUAUCUUCCCAUCCUUACACACAUGAUUCAUCAAGCUCAUUCCCUCUUUCUUCAAAUAUUUCGACAACCUCAUCCAGAGAUGAUAAUAUAACCUCUAUGGCAUCUGCUGGUCUUUCAAAAAUCAAUCAUCGUUUGCAAGGAACAAAUGAAGCAAGAGUACAUUCAUCAUCUGGGCAGGUGACCCUAGCUCACAGUCUUCCUAACUCCGAUCAGCAGCAGCCUCAACGUCAGCAGAAAACUCGUUUGAAACGAAUUCCUAAAGGACAGGUUCCUAAACAAGCUGUUGAAAUGCCUGGAAACAACGCAGAGAUAGAUGCCAUUGAUGUUCAGUUUGGAAAUCUUGAUUUUGCCUCAAGUGACUCAAUUAACUUAAGGCCAUCUGAUGAAAUACAAACAAAACAACAAGAGGAAAGCAUUAUCCUGUCUCAACUAAGCCAUAAAAAUGAACCUACAGCACAUCCACCGCCUGCUGUACAAGCUUCGAUGUCCAAUUCGGUUAGUAUGGUGACUACGUCUCUGACGUUAGAUAGCUCUAUGGCGGGUUCCUAUGAAGAGAUGUCACCCCGACAACAUUACGCACAACCCAACACGAAAUCUGCUAUGACUCAGAUGACUCCGGAUACCAGUCCUCAAAAAGAGAAGUUAGAGCUGCCCAAGACGCCUCCAUUAACAAAAAAAGUUGAUGUAUCCACAUCUCCGAUGCCUAUGACUGCGACAAUGACGUCAUCAAUUGCCAAGAGCAGUACAGAAGAUGUCGGUAGUCGUGUGACGUCCUUGUCAUCACAGAUUGAAGCAAUUGCUACCUCGGAUAAUCCUCUUGAUGACAGGGCUCACCAACAAGCACCUGCGCCCAUUCUACAUCAUUCUGACCAAAAUACUUUGCGUUCUCGGCCAUAUGGUGUCGGUAUGUCAAAUGGAAGCAAGGCAAAUGGAGGCAAGGCAAACGGAACUCCUGCAGGUGUCAACCUGAAUAAUGGUACUCCUCCAGGUCCUUCGACAUCUGGAGGCCCUCCACCUGGUAUAAUCUCUGGUAUUCAACCUUCAACAACAGCAAAAACAACCAGCAGUAGUAAUGUUAAUCGUGCUACUGCCCACGGCAGCACAAAACCAGCCAGUUUACCACCGGGCGUCAUGCCUUUGUAUGGCAUGCAACCCGCGGGAUUCCCUGGAUUUUCGCCUUUGGCAGCAUUUCCUUUAACGGAUGAUUUGCAAAUGUUACAGCGGAUGACGAUACAACCGCAACCACCUUAUUAUGAUAUGCAACAGUUUCCCGUAUCUGCUCGUGACAGUGUUCAAAAUUCCUACACAGGUACCGAUGUCAAGUAUAACCGUAGCGAUACCUCGUCACCAGUUCCUUCUUCUCUGACACCUACGCCACAUGGACAACAGGGUCCAUUUAUUAACACGCAUGCUCAGCUUCAUCCGUUUGGCUACGCUGGUAACCUGGCUUUCUAUCAUGGUGGUGGCAUGAUUGGUGGUUUUGCUCCCGCACCUUACACGACGCAGAUGUAUCAGCUUCCUACCAAAGCUCCAGGCGUAACGACACAAUUUCAACAGAAUUUUGCCAGUCAGUUGGGUCCACAUUACACUUCAGGUUACGAUGGUUUGACUAAUGCUCCCGAAUUCAAUAAACAAGGAUAUCAACAUUCGGCCAGCAAAGCCAAUGCAGUGAGUGGCAACACUGUGAGUAACAGCGGUACUGAUUUAUCCUCACCUUACAAGACACAAUUUACUGACAAAGGAUAUUUGAGUGGAACUCCUCCAUUAAACAUCUCACUACCUGGUCAGGCCCAUCAACCUCAUCCCGCUGGAUUUCCGUUGAUGCCCGUGUUAGCACCGACACAGCCUCCCCCGUCUUUAUUUCAAAGUCACCCAAUAUCUCAUCAACAACUGGACAACUUGAAUCAAAACCGUGGCACGCAGAACCAGGGAAAAGUUCCACAGAACAAAUCUCAUCAUGGUCAUUCGAUAUAUCCUACGCCAUUUUGGUCUGGCACAAAUAAUUGAAACUCUUUCCUUGCUCUUCGGUAUCCAUGUGUGCCUCGUGUAGUCGAAUUGAAGAUUACUUGUGUGGUUUGAAAUGUUUUCGUCUCCACAUCUUAAUCGUUUCACUGUCUUUGAUGAAAAAGACAACUAGAUGGGUAGAAUGGAUGUGUAAAAUAUGUAUUGAUGUAAAUUCAACAUUUGUUUUCAAAGUAACUAAAAGGUUGGCGAUAGUUAAAGUUAUUUGAGUCGAAA